GCAGCAUUUGCGGUUGCUUCCGGCGGAACUAAUACUAGCUUUCAGAUAUGUUGUAGGGUGCUUUAUGUGUGUAGUUGGAAAUUGUUAAAAGUUCCUAAGCCAUGGAUUUCCAACACCGAGCCGGUGGAAAAACCGGCAGUGGAGGUGUUGCUUCAGCAUCAGAAAGUAACCGGGAUCGAAGAGAGAGACUUCGGCAGCUGGCCUUAGAAACUAUAGAUAUUAAUAAGGAUCCCUAUUUUAUGAAAAAUCACUUGGGAUCUUAUGAGUGUAAGCUGUGUUUAACACUGCACAACAAUGAAGGGAGUUAUUUGGCGCACACUCAAGGAAAAAAACAUCAAACAAAUUUAGCACGAAGAGCUGCAAAAGAAGCAAAGGAAGCCCCAGCACAGCCUGCACCUGAGAAGGUCAAAGUGGAGGUUAAAAAGUUUGUAAAAAUUGGUCGUCCUGGAUACAAAGUUACCAAACAGAGAGAUCCUGAAAUCAGUCAGCAGAGCCUCCUUUUUCAGAUUGACUACCCAGAGAUUGCAGAAAGCAUCAUGCCACGUCAUCGCUUCAUGUCAGCAUAUGAACAGAGAAUUGAGCCACCAGACAGGAGAUGGCAGUACCUGCUUUUGGCAGCAGAACCUUAUGAAACAAUAGCUUUCAAGGUAGGUAGUACUUCUGUAAACUACAAAUGGAAGUGGGCAUUUAUGGGCACUUAUCUUGAGAAAAUAAAAACAGGCUCAGGGUUGUCUUGUUCCUUUUUUCAGACUAACCAUAAUAGUGGAUUUAAAAAUAUAUUUUGA